AUGGCUCAAGUAAAAGCUCUGCGUAAUCAAGUUAUUAUUGAUUUUUCAGCUGGGGGACGUCAUUCGCUUGCUCUGAAUGAAUUUGGUCAUAUUUAUGCUUGGGGUCAUGGUCGGGAGGGACAAUUGGGGCUGGGCGAUAUGGUUCGAAAUGCUCCAAUCAUUUCAACACCAUGUCGUCUUAAUGGUCCAUUAGCUGGACAACUUGUGACGAAGAUUUCAUGUGGUGAAUCACAUUCCUUAGCACUUACAAUUGGAGGUGAGUUAUAUAUGUGGGGACUAGUACCAGUCAUAGUUAAAGAAGAGACUCACAUGGAUGCAUCCGAUCAAGCAACAAUUGAGUUAACAGGUCUAUCAAAUGAAGAAAAACAACAGACUACUACUGCUGCUGCUGCAAAUACUACGAUACAACGUCAGAUGGAUGACAAUAUUAUGGCCCGAUUGGUACGGAAUUCGAUGCGUGUGUAUGAAGAUAGUCAUGGAGAUAAUGUAAAAGUGCAGACAGUUCGAGCGCCCUGUAUGACACCUCAACUGUGUACAGGACCAUUGGCAAAACUUGUGGUGACGAAUAUUGCAGCAGGAUUUGCACAUUCAUUAGCUACUACAAAUGAAGGUGCGAUCUUUAGCUGUGGAUACAAUGACAAUGGUCAACUUGGUCUUGGAUCUAGACGCAAUUCUGCAGAAUUCCAGCGGAUUCACGCACUAGAUGGAUACUUUAUUGAGCAUAUUGCUUGUGGCCAGCAACAUUCGCUUGCUUGUUCCAAGAUCUUGGACGCUGGUGAGGUUAAAAUGGAUUCUGAGGAAAACGUCAAGUUACGAUCUGGCGUGUGCUUUUCGUGGGGACUUGGUGUGCUUGGUCAAUUAGGUACGGGGCUUAACAUUUCGUGGACCCCGCAGGAAGUCAAGCUGGUCCGUCCCGCUGUCUCGGUAGCUGCUGGUAGCCACCACAGUGUUGCAGUCACAGAUGAUGGCAAAGUGUACACAUGGGGCCAUAGUGAGUAUGGCCAGCACGGCGCUGGCGAGACUUUUUACGACUUGCAGCAUAACGCACACUAUUUUUUUCCAAGAGUGCAGCAGGCACUAGCCGAUGAUCCUUGUAUAAAGGUGGUUAGUGCAUGCUGCAGCUCGCACUCGACGUUUGCACUGACACUUGAUGGGUCCGUGAUGUCGUGGGGCUGGAACGCUUUUGGUGUUUUGGGCAAUGGCAAGCACCAGUACUCGGUGCAUCCGCAGCGUGUUUUUGGGCUCAAAGAUAAUGUUGCUGUCGCAGUCGGGGCAGGAUCGAACCAUUGUGCUGUGGCAGUCCGACCACGCGGAGCACAUUACUCGCUAAGCUAUGAUCGUGUGCUAGCGAACGCUGAUUUUGCUGACCUGGCAUUCAUUGUGGGAGGACCAACGAAAAUGGAGCGCAUCAAAGCUCAUCGGGUUGUUGUCAGCGCGCGCAGCAGCUACAUCAGGGGUCUUCUGCGCGUGCUCGAUAAUAUCGCCAAAAGUCCUCAAGAAUCAUAUGUUGGUAAGAGUAGUAGCGUCAGAAUAGAAGAAGACGGUUUGUUUGUGAUCGACGAGUUCCAGGACAUUGACGCCCAGGUAUUUCGCGCGUUCUUGAUAUUCUUGUACACAAAUCGUCUUCAUGUCGCCAGCCACAAACGUAAGGCGCUGGGUCAGUUUGCAAGCAGCGUGUGCUGUGAUGCUCUCGUCGCUCAGUGUCUCGAUACUUGGCGUAAAGAACGGUUGGCAUCGCUGCUGUCCCCUUCGUUUCGGCGUACAGGACAACAUCUGACUGGAACACAACCAGCUAGUUCCGAAGCGCAACAAUUUGGAGAGGAUAUGCAACGCAUGGUGCUUUCAGAGGAAGUCGCAGACGUUAUAUUUUUGUGGCCUAUGGAGAAUGACGAAGCAGGUAUUGAAACAUACACGCGUCUACCAGCACACAAGGCUGUGCUUUCGCAGGUGGAGUACUUCCGCACAAUGUUUAUGGGUGGCUUUAGUGAAGGCAAGGGGGCGCAAGCGAUUACAGUUGGGGAACAGAAAGGGUCGGUGCAUGAAAUUCCGCUUCAGUAUAUGCAUCGGGAUGGCGUGUCGCUAAAGGCUUUCAAGGAUUUAUUGCUUUGGAUUUAUACGGGUUGUUUCGAAUUAUUGAGUGCUAGACAUGAGCCCAACGACAUGAUGGUCUUGUACGUUGGAGCUAGUUUGCUGGGUUUAACAGUGCUGGCGAGUAGAGCGUUACGACGCCCAAAGACUGCACACUAUGAGUCAGCAGGUGCUGCGGAAGCACGAAUCGGGUCGAUUGCAAGAGCCUUAGACGAUGCAAAUGAUCUUGCGGUUUCAAAAGCUUUGUUGGCUCGGGCAAAGUGUGCAGUUAGGGCCGAUUCUGGUCUUGAAUAG